AUGCUGCCUUACCUGUUCCCUGAGCUGUCCACCUUUGCUACAGUCGCCGAUCUUAUCACCCACCUUCGCACUAGUGACGCUCGCCUGCGUGCCGCCCUUCCCACCGAGUUCUGCGCUAAGAACCCCCCUCCACUGUACUGGACACUCCACUUCAUAGUCACCCAUCUCCCUGACACCCUCAGCUCAGUGCGCGACUAUUUCCUUGCUCGCUGUCCCACUGAGCUCACUGUCCCCCUCCUAGAGGAGAAGCUGCUAGCAGCCGAGAAGAGCAUUGUAGCUGUAGGUGCUGCUCGUGGCGCUCCUCGCACCCCCAUCUUUGAGGGGUGUUCUCCCUCUCCCCUCGCUCCCUCCUACGCUACUGCUGCUGCUGUUGACUUCCUUGGUGCUGAGUCUGCUGGCGCUGCUUCUGCUCCUGGUGGGAGGCGCCGCACCGGCAAGGGCAAGGGGGGCAAGGGUGGCGGGGGUGGCGCUGGGGGGGGAGGAGGUGGGGGAGGUGGGGGGGGAGGCGGUGCUGGAGGGAGCGGUGGCGGGAGUGCUGGUGGGAGUGGGGUCGGCAGCGGAGGCGGGGGCGGCGGAGGGAGCGGUGGCGGUGGUGGCGGCGGCGGCGGUGGCGGCGGUGGCGGCGGCGGCGGCGGUGGCGGUGGCGGCGGUGGCGGUGGCGGUCGGAGCGGAGGUAGUGGUGGCGGCGGAGGUCGGAGUGGAGGCACUGGCUCUGGCCAGAGCUCCCACCAGCAGCAGCGUCCCCAGACGACCCAGCAGCUUCGUGAGUGGCUUGCUCAGCGUGGGACGUCGGGGGGCAGUGGCCGCUGUUCCUAUGUCAUUCGCACAGGUGACCGCAAGGGACAGACGUGUGGGAGGUUCCACACCCCGUACCGCUGCUUCUCCCGCCUUGACGACGCUUGGCGUGAGGAGAUGGGCGAGGAUGUUGAGCGCCCCCGCUGGGCUGAGCUGAUGAGGGCUGGUGUUGAUAUCUUUGCUCUUGACUAUGAUGCUAUUAUUGCUGCCAUGUAUGCAUUGACUGUUAGUGCCGAGGGAGACUGUUACUUGUGUGUGCCGCCUGACCCAGGUAUAGAGCCCGCUGCCCUGGGUACUAGUGAGUCUGCUCUCUCUGGUCUGGUGCCCUCUGUGGCUGCUCCCUCCAGUACUGUCCCUACUGCUUGUGAGUCUGCUCUCUCAGGUACAGCACCCACAGAGACUGCUCUCUUAGUCCUUGCACAGUCCACCACUGUGCUCCCUUGUCCGGCGGUUCCGUCUGGCUCGUUGUCGGGUUUCCACCUCCCCUCGUUCUCGACGAACCUGGUGAGCAACGCUGUCAUCCAGGAUCAGUGGGUUGACACCUUUACUCCUGGAGGACAGCGUGUGGCGAUCCUCACGUGCUCCAGGACUGGCCGUCACCUGGCUACGUUUACCCGUCAGCCGGGGUCGAGUCUCUACACACUGUCCACUGCGUCUCCUCAGGUCGCUGCUGUCGGUCAGGUGUCCGCGUCAGGUCUGGUAGCCCACGCCUGUGAGUGUCGUUCCCUGUCGCACCAGACUCUUCUCUGGCACCACCGCCUGGGCCACCCCUCCUUGCCACGCCUCCGUGGCAUGCACCGUCGCCACCUUGUGUCUGGUCUUCCCAGGUCCCUCCCUCCCCUCCCUGCCUCGCCUGCGCCGCCUUGCCUUCCUUGCAUCGGGGGGCGGCAGCGCGCCGCUCCUCACUCCUCCUCGUUCCCCCCGACAGAGGCUCCUCUGCAGACCCUCCACCUGGACGUGUGGGGCCCAGCCCGCGUUCGUGGCCAGGGCGGUGAGCGGUACUUUUUGCUGGUUGUCGACGACUACUCGCGUUACACCACGGUCUUCCCCUUGCGCUCCAAGGGUGACGUCCCUGGUGUUUUGAUCCCUUGGAUCCGCACAGUUCGUCUCCAGCUCCGCCGCCGCGGAGGGCAUCGAGCAGACUUUCACACUUCUGUCAGCAACCAGAAUGGGGUUGCUGAGCGCCGCAUUGGCCUGGUCAUGGAGGUCGCUCGUACCUCCUUGGUCCAUGCGGCGGCUCCCCAUUUUCUGUGGCCGUUUGCUGUCCGGUACGCCGCGCAUCAGCUCAACCUCUGGCCCCGUGUCUCCUUGCCGGAGACCUCGCCCACACUGCGUUGGACGGGGGAGGUUGGCGAUGCGUCGCGCUUCCGGGUGUGGGGUGCUCGUGCCCUUGUCCGCGAUACGUCCGCGGACAAGCUCUCCUCCCGCACGCUUCCCUGUGUCUUCCUUGGCUUUGUCCCUUACGCGCCUGGCUGGCAGUUUUACCACCCCACCUCGCGCCGGGUCUUCGCCUCUCAGGACGUCACCUUUGACGAGUCAGUCCCUUUUUACAGUCUCUUCCCCUACCGCACUGCCCCCCUCCCUCCCCCACCGCUUUUCCUCGCUCCUGGUCCCCCUCCGGUAGACCCCCUUCCCCCUCAGGGUCCUGCUCCCUCAGGUGUCUCUCAGGUAGACCCUCCUCCCGUCGCUGAGCCUGUCGAGGUCACAGGUGACUCAGGUGCUGCUGCAGGUGGUGCUGCUGGGAGUGCUGAGCCUGGGGGUGCUGAGCCUGCGGGUGCUGAGCCUGGGGGUGCUAAGGCUGCGGGUGCUGGGACUGAGGGUGCUGGAGCUGAGGGUACUGUGCCUGAGAGUUCGGCGCCUGGGGGUGCUGAGCCUGGGGGUGCUGCGACUGGGGGUGCUGAGCCUGCGUGUACGGAGUCUGGGGGUACUGAGCCUGGGGGUGCUGCGACUGAGCCUACGGAGCCUGGGGUUGCUGCGUCUGGGGGUGCUCCGGUUCGGGGUGCUGAGCAGUCUCUCACACCACAGCAGCUUCGUGACUGGUACGUCCGGCGCUUUCGCCGUCCUCGUGGCCCUGCUGGAGUUGGAGGUUCUGGAGCUGCUCGUCCUGGAGGUGCUCGUACUGGAGGUACUGGAGCUGCCGGGACUGGUUGUUCUGGGAGCACUGAGACUGGAGCUGCUGGAGCUGGGGACUCUGGAGCUGGCGUUCCCAGCGGAGUUGGAGCUGCCGGCUCUGGGGGUGCUCUUCCUGGCGGUACUGGAGCUGCUGGAGCUGACGACACUGGAGCUGACGGUUCUGGACACGGUGGUCCUGCUGGUUCUGGAGGUGCUGGCGAGGGGAGGUCUGACGCUGCUGGGGCCUCUGGUGCUGACGUCGCCGACUCUGGGGGUGCUGCGGCGGAGGGUGCUGGUCCUGGUGCUUCUGGUGCUGCGGGUGCUGGAGGUGCUGGCGGAGCUCCGCCGUCGCGCCUGUUCUUCGCUCCUCCGUCGCCGUCGGCUUUGCCGCCGCCUGACACGGUGCUUCGCCAGGUUCUUUCCCUCCCGUCUUCCACUGGCCUUCCCCUCCAGCCUGGCUCCCCCCUCCCUGCUCCUGUGCCUUACACUGCACAGCCGGACUCGCUUACGGAGCGUCGUGAGCCUGUGUCUCGUCCUGCCUCGCCUGUUCGUGCUGCUCGCACUGCUCGCACUGCGCGCACUGGUCCCACUGGUCGUCGUGUCGCGCGUCCGCGUCCUCCUCCUGUUCCUGGCACGCAUAUUAUGGCCCUUCGUCCUUCCACUGGUCCACAGCGUGUCCCCCUACCGUCUCCUCCUGCGUCUUCUCUUCCUGACGUUCCCGACCCUGAGUCUGACAGUGUUCGUGCUGCCCACCCUACUGUUACGCGUCUUCUCGCCACUGUUGUCACUGACCCGUCGUUUGAGUCCUCUGCUGCGUCUGCCCUGGUCGCUGAGCUUGUCGACUUUGCUGCUGCCUGUCGCCUAGACUACGCCGCCAGUCUUGUUGCUGAGUCUGAGUCUGUCUGUCCUCCGUCCGUCGGGGGUGAGUGUGCUCUUGGCACGGACGUCCUUGAGGACAGGCAGGAGGACUUUGACUCUCUUGCGGCUGCUGUACCUCAUCUCGUGGCCUGGUUGCUUGCCCCUGAGGGAGACCCGGAUGCACUAGACAUCCCCACUCCGCGCUCUUACGCAGAGGCGAUCUCGGGUCCCUACUCCUCUCAGUGGCAGACAGCCAUGGACGCAGAGAUGGCAUCCUGGAAGUCCACAGGCACCUACGUCGACGAGGUUCCCCCUCCUGGGGCGAACAUCGUCGAUGGCAUGUGGAUUUUCAGGGUGAAGCGGCCGCCAGGUUCUCCACCUGUCUUCAAGGCUCGUUACGUUGCUAGAGGCUUCAGUCAGCGUCAGGGGGUUGACUUCUUCCAGACCUUCUCCCCCACCCCGAAGAUGACCACUCUUCGGGUUCUGCUGCACGUUGCUGCUCAGCGUGACUACGAGCUUCACUCUCUUGACUUCAGCACAGCUUUCCUGCAGGGCAGCCUGCACGAGGAGAUCUGGCUGCGCCGCCCACCUGGCUUUACUGGGUCGUUUCCUCCUGGUACCCAGUGGAGCCUCCGCCGGCCAGUCUACAGUCUCCGCCAGGCGCCACGUGAGUGGCACGACACACUGAGGACUACACUUGCGGCCCUUGGGUUCGCGCCGUCUACUGCUGACCCGUCGCUGUUUCUGCGCACAGACACGUCGCUGCCGCCGUUCUACAUUCUCGUGUACGUCGACGACUUGGUCUUUGCUACUGCUGACACUGAGGCACUCGCUCGUGUGAAGUCGGAGCUGCAGAAGAGACACACGUGCACAGAUCUGGGUGAGCUGCGUAGCUACCUUGGCUUGCAGAUCAUCCGGGACAGAGCACGCCGCACCAUUACCCUGACUCAGUCACACAUGGUGCAGCAGGUCCUUCAGCGCUUCGGCUUCCAGUUCUCCUCACCACAGGCCACACCUCUGGCUACCAGCCACUCACUCUCAGCUCCACCUUCGGACGAGUCCGUAGAGCCGAGUGGCCCGUACCCAGAGCUUGUAGGCUGCCUCAUGUACCUGAUGACUUGCACGCGACCUGACCUCGCGUACCCUCUUAGCAUCCUUGCUCGUUACGUUGCGCCUGGGAGACACAGGCGAGAGCACUGGGAGGCUGCUAAGAGGGUGCUGCGUUACUUGUGCAGUACAUCAGGCAUGGGGCUGGUGCUUGGAGGACGCGACAGAGUUGUCCUCACUGGUCACUCGGACGCUUCUUGGGUGGACGACUUGGCUACGCAGCGGUCGUCGCAGGGUUACACCUUCAGCCUUGGUUCUGGUUCUGUCUCGUGGCGGUCCACCCGCUCUUCUUCUGUUCUCAGCUCUAGUUGUGAGGCUGAGAUCUACGCCACGGCCAUGGCUGCACAGGAGUUACGCUGGCUCACCUACCUGCUGACUGACUUGGGAGAGCGGCCUAGUUCUCCUCCAGUUCUGUACGGCGACAACAAGGCGGCCCUUGCCUUGUGUCAGGAGCACAGACUGGAGCACAGGACGAAGCACAUUGCUCUUCGCUACUUUCUUGCUCGAGAGCUGCAGCAGCGAGGUCAGCUUCGGCUUGUGUACGUGGACUCGAAGGCCAACACUGCUGAUAUCUUCACCAAGGCGCUCCCGCCUAGUGAUCAUCAGCGGCACUGUACUUCUUUAGGCCUUGUAUCCACAUUCCCUCAUUUGCUUACUGCUUGA